AUGGCAUCUGUCCUGGGGAGCGGCAGAGGGUCUGGAGGGCUGAGCAGUCAACUCAAAUGCAAGUCCAAGAGGAGAAGGAGGAGGAGGUCCAAGAGGAAAGACAAAGUAAGCAUAUUGUCAACCUUCCUCGCUCCCUUCAAGUACCUAAGUCCUGGCACCACAAACACGGAGGAUGAAGACACUCUAAGUACCAGCAGUGCUGAAGUGAAGGAAAACCGAAAUGUGAGCAACCUGGGGACUAGGCCCCUGCCCCCUGGAGACUGGGCCAGAGGCAGCACACCCAGCAUUAAAAGGAAAAGGCCGCUGGAGGAAGGAAAUGGGGGACAUUUCUGCAAACUCCAGCUGAUCUGGAAGAAGCUCUCCUGGUCUAUGACCCCCAAGAACGCACUGGUCCAGCUGCAUGAGCUGAAGCCGGGUCUGCAGUACCGGAUGGUAUCACAGACUGGCCCAGUGCACGCCCCUGUGUUCGCAGUGGCCGUAGAAGUGAAUGGACUCACAUUUGAAGGCACCGGGCCCACUAAGAAGAAGGCCAAGAUGAGGGCAGCGGAGAUGGCCCUGAAGUCCUUCGUGCAGUUUCCCAAUGCAUUCCAGGCCCACCUGGCCAUGGGCAGUAGUUCCAGUCCGUGCACUGACUUCACGUCUGACCAGGCGGAUUUCCCCGACACGUUGUUUAAGGAGUUCGAACCAUCCUCAAGAAAUGAGGACUUCCGGGGCUGUGGUCCCGUCGACACUGAGUUUCUGUCCUCUGCCUACCGGCGAGGACGACUACUCUACCACACACUGGACCUCAUGGGUCAGGCUCUGCCUGACAGGUCCAGGCUGGCUCCUGGGGCCCUGGGUGAGAAGAACCCUGUAGUGGUGCUGAAUGAGUUACGCUCAGGUCUGAGGUAUGUGUGCCUCUCUGAGACAGCCGAGAAGCCCCGAGUCAAGAGCUUUGUCAUGGCUGUGUGCGUGGACGGGAGGACGUUCGAAGGCUCUGGACGCAGCAAGAAGCUGGCCAAGGGCCAGGCAGCACAAGCUGCCUUGCAGGCCCUCUUCGACAUCCGGCUGCCGGGUCACACACCCAGCAGGAGUAAAAGCAACCUCUUGCCACAGGAUUUUGCAGACUCUGUGUCCCAGCUGGUCACACAGAAGUUCCGUGAACUGACAGUUGGCCUGAUGUCUGUGUAUGCCCGCCACAAAACACUGGCAGGGAUCGUCAUGACCAAAGGCUUGGACACCAAACAAGCGCAGGUCAUCGUUCUGUCCUCUGGGACCAAGUGUAUCAGCGGUGACCACAUCAGUGACCAAGGGCUGGUUGUCAACGACUGCCAUGCUGAGAUAGUGGCCAGGCGGGCAUUUCUUCACUUCCUCUACACUCAGCUGGAGCUGCACUUGAGCAAGCAUCGAGAGGACUCUGAGAGAUCAAUAUUCAUACGUUUAAAGGAAGGAGGCUACAGGCUGCGAGAGAACAUCCUCUUCCAUCUCUACGUGAGCACAUCCCCCUGCGGAGACGCCAGACUCAACUCUCCCUACGAAAUCACCACAGAUUUGAACAGCAGCAAACACAUCGUCAGGAAGUUCCGAGGGCACCUGCGCACCAAGAUUGAGUCUGGGGAAGGGACAGUCCCUGUCCGGGGCCCCGGUGCAGUCCAGACGUGGGAUGGCAUCCUGCUGGGGGAACAGCUAGUCACCAUGUCCUGCACAGACAAGAUUGCCAGCUGGAAUGUGCUGGGACUACAAGGCGCUCUCCUCUGUCACUUCAUCGAGCCUGUGUACCUGCACAGCAUCAUUGUGGGAAGCCUGCACCACACGGGCCACCUUGCACGGGUCAUGAGCCACAGGAUGGAGGGCAUCGGCCAGCUGCCUGCCUCAUACCGGCAAAACAGGCCUCUCCUUAGUGGAGUGAGUAACGCCGAAGCCCGGCAGCCGGGAAAGUCUCCUCACUUCAGUGCCAACUGGGUCGUGGGCAGCGCCGACCUGGAGAUCAUUAAUGCCACUACUGGGAAGAGGAGCUGUGGGGGCUCGUCCCGGCUCUGCAAGCACGGGUUUUCUGCUCGGUGGGCACGGCUGCAUGGUAGGCUAAGCACGCGGAUCCCAGGCCAUGGAGACACACCAUCCAUGUACUGUGAGGCCAAGCUGGGGGCCCACACCUACCAGUCUGUUAAACAACAGCUCUUCAAGGCUUUUCAGAAAACUGGUCUUGGCACCUGGGUGAGAAAACCACCAGAGCAAGAUCAGUUUCUACUAAGUUUCUAA